CCGAAUACACACACACACACAAGCGCGCACACACGCAGCGGUCUAUCUCUGUGGUUCUCCGCUGCAUUCACAUGCGUCCCCAACGUCUCCGCGUAGCGCCGGCUGCGCCAAGAUGAGCGGUCGCCCCGGUACCAUCUGAACGUCUGAGCGCCGCCUGACUGAGCCAGAGCUGGAGAGAGAGAGAGAGACAGAGAGAGAGACAGAGAGAGAGAGAGCGAGAGAGAGAGAGAGAGAGAGAGAGAGAGACAGAGACCACCUCUCCACCCUCAGAACCCAUCUUCCCUUCGCCAGGAAGAGACCGCAGCGCGAGCCUUUUCUUUCGGCAUCUUUUCUUUUUUCCUCCACCCCUCCUCCUCCUCCUUCUCUUCCUCCUCCUCCUCCUCCUCCUCCUCCUGUUCUCGCUGCAUCCCUCCGUUACUGUCGCUCUCCCGGUUUGAAGGAGAAACCGGAGAGCCCGGCCGUGAUUUGGUGGAAAUACAUUUUGUAUAUUUUUUUUUUCUUUUCCUGCUUGGUGUUGGUAGCGCGCAGCUGGUGCGCGCUUUUGCAAAUUCCGGUGAAUGGUGGAUUUGGCAAACAUGGAGACCGUGGAGAAGGAAUGCGGGGCCCUCGGGGGUCUAUUCCAGGCGAUUGUCAACGACAUGAAGUGCUCCUAUCCUGUGUGGGAGGACUUCAGCGCCAAGGCCACCAAGCUGCAUUCCCAACUCCGAACCACUGUUCUGGCUGCUGUGGCCUUCCUGGAUGCCUUUCAGAAGGUGGCAGACAUGGCCACCAACACCAGAGGGGCAACCAGAGACAUCGGUUCAGCACUGACCAGGAUGUGCAUGAGGCAUCGCAGCAUUGAGGCCAAACUUCGCCAGUUCACCAAUGCUUUGAUGGAGAGUCUGAUCACUCCGCUCCAAGACAAGAUUGAGGACUGGAAGAAGACAGCCAACCAGCUGGAUAAGGAUCAUGCCAAAGAGUACAAGAGGUCACGGCACGAGAUCAAGAAGAAGUCAUCUGACACCAUGAAGCUACAGAAGAAGGCUCGCAAAGAGAUGCAGGGCCGAGGGGACCUGCAGCCUCAGCUGGACAGUGCCAUGCAGGAUGUGACCGACAUGUGCCUGCUGAUGGAGGAGACAGAGAAGCAGGCAGUGCGCCGGGCCCUCGUGGAAGAGAGAGGCCGCUUCUGCACCUUCAUCAGCUUCCUCCAGCCUGUUGUGAAUGGAGAGAUCGCAAUGCUGGGAGAGAUCACCCACCUCCAGGCCAUUAUCGAUGACCUCACUGUGCUGACAACCGAUCCUCACAAAUUGCCCCCUGCCAGUGAACAGGUGAUUAAGGAUCUGAAGGGCUCAGAUUACAGCUGGUCCUAUCAGACUCCUCCUUCAUCUCCGAGCAGCUCUGGCUCUCGCAAGAGCAGCAUGUGCAGCAGCGUGAACAGCGCCCACAGUAGUGCCUCCCGUUCAUCGGGGGGAGGAGGUAGUGUUGGUAUUGGUGGCGGUGGUGGAGGCUCCCAGCCCCACUCACCCACCUCAUCGUCCUCCUCCUCCUCCUAUCGCUACCGCAGCAGCCUGCCUCACCAGCCUCCACCACCGGGGGGCAUUGCCGCCCACCGCCUCAGCAGCGUCUCCUCCCACGACUCGGGCUUUGUGUCCCAGGAUGCAAACAUCUAUUCCAAGCCUCCCUCGCCCAUGCCUUCAGACAUCACUAGCCAGAAGUCAUCCAGCUCAGCAUCAUCAGAGGCCUCAGAGACGUGCCAGUCAGUCAGUGAAUGCAGCUCCCCCACCACUGAUUGGUCCAAAGCAGGUCAGUAUGAGCAGCCGGUGGCUGCAGCUGCAGUUCAGAGAAGAAAGGAGCCUCUCGAUAGAUUGAGGGAGAAUGAGGCGUCACCAGGCUCCCAGGGAUACGUCGGGCCAUCACACCCUGAUGAAGCACAGAGAUCCAGGAUGAACCCGGCUACCAUGGCUGCUAAGCAUGGUGAUGAGGUUUCUCCAGCAGCCAGUGACCUGGCCAUGGUGCUGACCAGAGGACUGAGUAUGGAACAGCAGAAAAGCAGCAGAGACUCACUGCAGUACUCCAGUGGCUACAGCACAGAGACCACAACCCCGUCCUGCUCUGAGGACACAAUUCCUUCACAAGGUUCAGAUUAUGACUGCUACUCUGUGAAUGGUGAUGCUGAAGGUCCCGAUGGACAGACGGAGUUUGACAAGUCCUCCACGAUUCCUCGCCACUCCAAUAUCGCCCAGAACUACCGCCGCAUGAUCCAGACCAAGAGGCCAGCCAGCACAGCCGGACUGCCCACUGGGGUUCUCGGUCCAGGGGCUCAUGGGAUACCAGGACAACCUGGCGGAGCUGGUGGAGGUGGAGCAGGUACUCCAGGCACUGCCACCAUCCGCCGAACCCCAUCUACCAAACCGGGGGUGAGGCGCACACUGUCCAACGCAGGGCCCAUCCCCAUCCGACCACCCAUAGUGCCUGUCAAGACCCCCACUGUUCCUGGAGAUUCGCAUUCACCUGGUGGUGGUGGGUACGCAGGUGGAGGGCACCCGGUUGGGGUGCCUGUGCGUGUGGGCAGUGAAGAGUGUGUCUUCUUCACUGGAGUUGAGGAUGCACAGGGAGCGCUUGAUUAUGUGAAGGCGUCACCGAAGCGCCUCAGCCUGCCUAACACUGCCUGGGGAUCAGGGGCGGCAUUAGAGGUCUACGCCCAGCAGCAUGGCCUCGCAAUGGGAACGGGAUCGGGGGCUGGAUCAGAGGAGGAUCAGAUGAUAGCUGCCAAUCGUCACAGCCUAGUGGAGAAGAUAGGCGAGUUGGUAGCUAGUGCGCACGCCCUCGGGGAGGGGCAGUUUCCUUUCCCCGCCCUCCCUGAUGACCCGACCCUACAGCCGACCGGCCCCGGGGACACUCAGACAGGGACAGAAGGGGCAGAAGGGUCCGGUGACAUGCUGACCACCAUCAGGAGAGGAGUGCGCCUUCGCAAGACCGUCUCCAAUGACCGCUCGGCACCGCGCAUCUUGUGAUUGCAGGGGAAGCAGGAAGAGGAUGAUAUUCGUCAGCCAAUGCGGGAGUCAGGUGUUGGUGUGGUGCAACCCAACCGCCUAGUACAUACACAAAAAAACUUAACCAUGUAGGGAAAGCUAUAAUAUAACAGAAGAUGAAUAAAAACAAAAAUAUACAGAAAAAAAUCAAUUUAAAAACAUCAUUAGAGUCAAUUAUAUAUAAUAUAAUGAUAAUAAUAACAUUAAUAAUGUUAACCCAUGAUGACAAUUAAAAAUUAAAUACUGAAUAUUGACAGGCUCCUAGCUGGCCACUAUAACUAGUGUGUGUUGGACGCAUGUUUGUCUUCUCUACACCUUCACCCAGGGAUGGAAAGACUCGCAGGACAAACAGAUGAGAUACAAAAAAAGGCAAAGAAAGAGAGAAAGACUGGGUUCUGUUUGCCAACUUACACCCUUCCCCAUCCUCUUCUCCAACUAAUAGACUGUCGAAUCCCAGAUGAGUGACUAAUGACUGAAGGAGGGGCCAGUGUGGGCGAGAGAGAGAGGGGGGUCAGAGUGCCAUGCGAACAGCUGGACUUGAACCCAGGCUGUCUCAGCAGCAACAUACUGUACUUAUUAGCCCACUGAACUGAAGCUUUGGUAUUAGCACGGGGAGCUAACAAGCCAGAGGGCUCCUCUGGUUCAUCCCAAUGUAAAAGAGUCUUAAAAAAAAAAAAAAAAAAUACUGUUGGCAUUGAACCGUGCUAGUGCCCCCUUCCCCUCUCUCUCUCCGUGUGUGUAGUGUGCGCGUGCAUUCAUGUGUAUGCAUGUGGGCAAAUGUGAAACAUGAGCGUGUGUGCUCGUGUGUGUCUGUGUGUGUGUGUGUGUGUGUGUGUGUGCGAGGGGGGUGGGUAGAGCUCUGCUGCAGGACAGCUGGUUACCCAAUGAGGGCAGGGCUUUUUCUCCUGUGUGUUGUGCGUGUAUUUUCUUGUUUAUAUCGUGACGUCAUUUACCUUCUUACCACUGUUACGAGAAGUUACGAGAAGUAAUCCAGGCGUAUAGAUAUAUUCAUAUAUAUUUUCUAGAACCAGAGAGAAAAUGUUAAAUCAGAAAUGGAGCAAUAAAUGUGUUUUAUUUUCUUGUUUCCAAGGAGAGGAUUGAUGGGAGGAUUGAAGGUUCUCCUUUGUCACAUUCAGGCAAUCAUCAGGAAUGCGAAAUUACACAUUGACUGUGAAUUCAUACUGGCGCAUCUCUCUCCCUGGCCCUGUCUCCUUCUGGUGGAAAAAAAAAAAAUAAAAAAUUCACUUCAAAUUGUCGAAAAAGAAAAACUAUAAGCACUUUGAUAGGUGGCAGAGUGUGUACAAUAGCCACUAGGUGUUGCUGUAGUCAUGCUGUAUGAUAGGGAGCGUGAAAGUGAGAGAGAUAGUUGCCAAAAAUAAUGUGUCCUGAGGAAAUUAUUUAAUUAUUUGUAGAAGACGAAGACAGAAAGGGACAAAGAGGAAGUGAUGAAGACUGGUGGAACCGGAGUGAUUGGUCAAAUGAGAGAUGGGAUAAGAAAGUAGAGCAAAAUAUUGAUCUAAAAAUAGGUUGGACGUCGGUAUUCUUCAGGGUCCUGAAAGCCAUCAGCUGUUGUGGAUUGUGAACGGUACUGAAGCACUGGUUACACUGCUAGCUGAAGGACUGAACCCAUAAUGCAAAAAGUACACUGCACAAACAGAUCAGACUAUUUUUGGAUAUAGGCUUUAAUGGGUUAGUUUACCCAAAUGAAAAACAAGCAAACAAACAAACAUAUUGUCUCACUAGCCAUGCAUAUAGUUCACUUAUCUGGAUAUCUGUCACUGAGAGUUCUGCCUCGACCCCAUAACAUGUACGUAUCCUCCCAGAGGCUCCAAAUACUCUGGAUCAUCUACAGACCUUGUUGUAGUUCUCUUGGAAAUGUUCAAGCAUAAAUUGAUUCACCUCCCAUGUGCUGGGGUAAAGGCAGAAAUCACAUAACCUGGGCAAAUUAAACUAAAACUAUCAGCCUUCAUAUAUUGUAGUGGUACAGUAUGCAAGAAAAUAUGUUUCCUUGUAAUUUGCGUUUUAAUGGACUUGAAAUGUGUUUGCACAUGUAGAUUAUGUUUAUUGGCUACACAUAGAGUAACAUGCUCUGGCCUUUUCAACAUCGGGACUGUACUGUCCUGAAUACUGUAUAUUGCAGAGUAAUCUUCGGGUUCAUGUGUAAAUACAUAUCAGCACGCCAGCUCAUCUGCAAAUAUAUUCUUACCCAUAAAUAAUUUAUAUUUUUGCAUUAUGAGAAAACAACGUUAAGCCUGGAACACAGCUGAAAAUGAGCUUUUUUUUCUAUAAUAACCACCAUUAUUAAUUGGUAAAUGUAAAUAAAUAAAAUAAUAAUAAUUCUUUCAUACAGGAUGUAUGAAGCAAUUGCAAAGGUUUAUGAACAACUUAAUUAUGACCAUCCAGAUAAUUUAUAGAUGAACAACCCACACUACACAGUAUUUAUUAAAUAUCUACUAAGUAUUAUGAAUAUUAGUUGAAAUUUUACAAAAAAAUGGUUUGUAAAACAUUGCAUUGUUGUUCACUAAGAUUUAAUUAACUAUAUUAUAUAUCUACCAUUUGGUAAUGAUGGUUAUUACAAAGUGUUACCAUUCCUCCUUUACUAUCUGAACAGAAACAUUCACCAGGCUACCCCUGUAUGGUUCAGCUCAGUUCAGUGCAAACAGUUGAGGACUCGGCUGCAUGAGAGAAUUAUUUAUGGACAUUGAAAUGUAAGAAAAGUGUUGUAUGAUGUGCUCACUUAUGGCAAAGUAGCAGAAGGCUUUAAACGAGACUUUUGAAGCUGGCAGAAAGAGGAAAAUAUGUGUGGAAUGAGCAUUUCACUGCCUGUUCAAACAAUAUUUACUCUAUGUGCUGUACUUGUAAAUGAGAAUCAGGCAUACAGAUUUGGUAUAAAGGUUUGUUAGAAAAUAUUACAAAUAAUCCUUUUUUUUUCAUUCUGCAGUACUGUUUGAAUAUUUAGUCUUACUUUAAAUUAAUGUAAAAAGAAGAAAAAACUCCAGUUGUACCACAAACUAUUAAGCUGUGUAACAUACGGAUGUAGGAUGUGUGGGCCGAGAGUGAGUGUGUCCUUGUUUGGCUGUUGAACUGUAGGCUAGUGAACUCUUCAUCAUCAUGUCUGUAGGCUCUUAGCAGUGACCUGAAUAUACCGGUGACAUCAGCGCUCUGAAAUGCUCUUUUUAUUGAUUUCGUUUUGUUUCUCUUGAAUAGAGCACUGUUUUAAACAUAUGUGGGACUGUUUAAAAAGAAAAAAAUAUAAUGAUUUAAUUUAAAGUGAUGGGGAGGAGAAUGUUUGCAAUUUCUAAACCUUGUCUCCCUCUUUGCCAGCAGACAUUGUUUUUGUUGAACUUUGUGACAGUGCUUUGGCAAAGGGUUGUUUUUAUAUGUUUCUGUGUGUGGGGGAAAUUCUGUAUGUGUGUUUCCACAUGUGGAUGCUGUGUGUUGUAUCAGCUGAAUCUGACUGGGUGAGAGGGUGGAAGGGGAGAGCAGCGGGCUUGGACUCAAUCCCCCCCCAAAAAAAAACAGUUUUGGGUGAGAAAAUGUUCAUCUGAAGAGUUUGUGUAAGACCGCCCGUCGAGGUCACACUGUACAUGAAUAUACGUAUGUCUGCUGAAUGUACUGCGAGAUUAAGGAGGACAUCGAACUGUGCAUUAUUGACUUGCUUGAACUGUUGUUCAUGUCAGAACUUUGUUCUUGUACAACUGAACGGCGUUCCCAGUUUAAGUGAUAGGAAAGCAAUACAGAGAAGUGUGCAUGUACGUACAUUCACAAUGAUAUUCCACUGUGGGUGUGUUAAAGGAAAAUACCACUGUUUUCUCCACUUGAGGGUACUUGUGUUACUCUACAUUGUGUGGCUCUGAUAAUAUGAUUUGGAGUUAGAGGUCCUUUUAAGUCUAUACGUCUCCAAGGACAUUGCUAGAGCCGACUCUAAUAGUCUGAAUGUGUGUGAGCUGUAUGUUUAGUGCAAACUGAAACAACUGAAUUCACUGCCAGCUUUCUACCGUAAGUUAUUGCUUAUUGAAAGGGUUUAUAAUGCCUUGCAGAACAGACAUGCUGCUUCUAAAUGAUGAUGUAUGUGUGAGAUGUGAGAAGACACAACACUGCUAUUUUCCUUUAAAAUGCCCAGUUAACAGCACAAAAUGUUAUCUAACUAAACAAUAAUGUCUUUUUUUUUUUUUUUAACAUGCUGAAUUAACUGUGUACUGAACUAACUGUCUGAACAAGCUGAAAUAACUACUCUGCUACAGAUGUGUCAAUAUGAGUGUAUGUGUAUGUGGGUAGAACUAGGCCUACCGGCACGCGGGCAAGGCGGGAGCCACGAUUCUGUAGGAACACACACAAAGAGCCAGAGUUACAUGCGUGCAGGCAUGCAUACGUACACACAAACACACACACACAUAUACAUAUACAAAUGAUAGGAUACACACACAAAAAAGCUCUUUCUUCCUCAGUUGAAGGGACUACACUGUCAUAAUGACAGUAUCUCCAAAACUAGCAUAGUAAAAAGUAAGCUCUUAUUUAACAAUGACUUCAUAAUUUGAUUGAUAUAAAAGGUUGAAAAUAUCCCAUCUGAAUUCUCAGUCCGCACAGACUAUAGUGCUGUUGAGUAUGUACCUAUAACUAAUCUGAGCACAGUAGACUGUCAACUGUUAAAAGGAAUCGCUUGACACUUUGGGAAAUACUCGCUUUUCUUGGUACCGCUAUCAUUACAAACAGUCUCAUCAGAUUGUUAACUUAGUUUAGCAUAAAAACUGGAUGUAUAGGAAAACAGCUUGUCUGGCUUUCUCCAAAUAUAAGCAGAUAUAAUAAUGCCUUUUUUUUUCUUUUUUUGAGUACUAGUAUCAUCCAAGUAAAAUGUAUCAAUAACAGGACUCAUGAUGUAAAUCCUCGCAAAAUUCCCCGGCUGUUUUGUAAUAUAGCAACUUCUGAUCCAGCCAGAUCAAUUUCCAGCUUGUAUUAAAAUCGUCUGGUUGAUUCUGUUUAAGCCCCGCCCAUCAAAGUACACCUAAAAACACAGCUAAUGGUGUAUUUACUCAUUCCCUUUAAAAACAACAGACUGUGUUGUUUCAUGUGGGUAAUGUGCUGUAUUAUUUCUUUGCCAGGCGCAGCUUGUUGCCCCAGGUGACUAGACUCUAGGAAGAGAAAAAAAAAAACAAAGAACACAUUUUCCAAAAUGUUGAGCUAUUCCUUUAAUGUUUAUUGAGAAAACUAAAGAUUAGUUUGGUGAUGAGUUUUUAAGAAGGAUUGAGACAUGAACACUCAACAGCACCAUUGUCUUUAAACAACUAGAAUGGAGAAAGCAAAAUAAUAUAUUCAUUUCCAUAUCCCUUUGAUCCCUGGCUUUUGACAUCUAUGUAUCCACUUUUUUUUUUCUUUUUCAUCUCUAUCAUUUCCCCCUUCUUCUCAACUUCCAUCCACUGACUGGCAUCAUACACACAGGGAUGCCAUCUAGCUGACAAGUUAGAAAACAGCACUUGUCAUGGUGAGAGUCCCGUCGGCUGAACGUGGUCUCUUUGUGCCUUGCAACCCAUCAAAGCUAAUGAAAAAUAAUCCUGAUGAAGUCUUUAUUUUCGGCACAGUCCACAGUGAAUAUGAUUCCAGCUCAGACUCUCUCUCUGACCAUCUCGCCUUUACCCUCUUCCCUCCCCUCUCUCCAUGUGUGUCUGUGUAUUGUAUGUCAGUAUGCACGUGUGCCACAUUUCAAAUGUGGGUGUGUGCAUAAUGGCUAACGCGUGUACCAUUAUGGGGCCUGGGCGUGCUGUUCAGAGAAGCUCUGGAAGCAUUAGCUGGGGUAAACUUCUCCCUGCUGUACACAGUAACAUAAGCUGGUUUCAAGGCAAGCAGCUGGAGGUCUGACGCUUCUUCUCAGUGCUGAUUACAUUUUAAUUAAUUUUGAUCAGACUUUUAAAGAGAUCUUUUUGGCAUCAUCUCACAGGCAGCCUCUAUUACUUUGAUGGUGUCUUGGUGAGCUUCUGUCAAGGAAUCGGACAAGAUGGCAGUAAGAGCAGUAAUUCAACAGGCAGGGAGGGUCUUUUCAUCAACAUUGCCAUCACAAGAAAACUGCUGGUGUGUAAAGAGCAGGACUGGUAAACACCGGAUCAUAACAAAUAAAGAGUAUUGCUACUUCUGUUACAUUUGCAGUUUUUGUUAAAUAGCUGCUCCUGUGGCCACAAGUGAUAAUUAAAGCAUGAAGAUAAAUGCAAAGAUUUGAAAGAUUUAACAUAAGAAGGGGAGAUUUGAAAAGUCAAAAAACUGACUCAGUAGCAGCAAUAUUGGUUUAAAUCUCCUAACAUUUUUUGUGUUGAGCAAAAAUACGUCUGACUUUAAGCAUAAGUUUAAGUUCAAGAAAUUAUGUUUAAAAUAAAAUCAUAGAACUAAAAUAAAGUAAACCACUUCUAACAUAGGACGUAUUGUAAAAGGGCCUCGGGCUCCAAAGACUUUAGCAUACUUUGCACCCAUCGCCAUGGGUCAACCCAAUCGCAGUAAAUGUCGGAAAUGUAUGUUUCUGCAAACCAAGAAUAUGUUCAAAUUUUGCACUUUGGGUUGUUGCUACUCAAGGUUCAGUUUUCACGUUCACACUGCGAUACCACUGUGCUUAUGAUCUGUUAAGGCGUAGGCCCAGAGGGCUAGAAAAAGUAGUAUGUAUGACACAAAAUGUGAAUGUAUCACUGGUUUGCAGAAACACAGCCAAAGUUUUGCCAUCUGCACCUCAGAUGAGUUUCCGUGGUUACGUAUAGGAAAUGACUUCCACUCUGAGCAUUUGCUUGCAGUAUGAACACAGUUUUAAAAUUCUUUUGUGGACUACAGCUUUAUAUGUGGUGUAGACUGCAUCCUCUGGACCCCUUCAGAUGUCCUGCAUGUAUACACUGCAAACUUACUGUAUGUCCAAAAAUAAUCUUUAUGAAAUGUAGCCAAUUUUAAAUAAUUUAAAUGAACAUGCUCACAUUCUUUAUCUGACUGAUUCAGAUUCAGAGGACCCCUGCUGGUCACAGACGGACAGACUGUGUUGUGUUUAUCAUCAGAACAAAAGAGGUACUGUGUAUUUGCUCCUUUAGCCAUCUGCCCAGGUUAUACUGAAUGUGUACUUUGUGAAUGUGUGCACGCGUGUGUGCAUGCAUGUAGACAUGUGAUUAAGACCCCUACUGUUCCUCUCUCCCACCUCCCACACACAAUCUGUCAAUCCUUCCUGCUGUCUAAUACUGAAGAAGCCCACGAAACAUUCACAGACAUACGCACACAAACUCUUACACACACUCGCCUGAAGCAAACAUGACUAAGGUUGAUUCUCUGAAGCUAUGUGGUCCACUGAAGUCCUCCAGAGGAACAUGAUGAAACAUGGGGCAACUUCCUGUCCGAUAGCCAUGCAGAGCGGAGUGGCCAAAGUGGCCUCCUGGUGCCACUGUAACUGAAGUGAAUGUCUCUCUGUCAGUACUCCAGUACUCAUAGUGUCUCUCGCUCGCUCGCUCUCUCUCUCUCUCUCUCUCUCUCUCUCUCUCUCUCUCUCUCUCUUUCUCUACUCGUCCUCUACAGCCGCGUUAUGAACUCUACAAUGAAAUUUCUCCACAACUCACCACUGAAGCGCUGACAUCAUUUCUGAGGGGCGAUUCUGUUCAAAGGAUAACAUUGUGACAGUCAACGUUUGCUUCAUCUUUCUGUACAAAUGGAUCUUUUGCUCCUCUCUUCCCUCCCGGUUAGCCCUGCAGGCACUGUGGUCUUGUCUUUCUCUCUUCUUUCUCUCCCCUCUUCCGCUCUUCUUCUUUAAUUUAUUGUGAAUUUAUUUCUAAGGUUGUUUUGCCUCUGUCGCUGAUAAGGUUUUUUUUUUUUUUUUCUGUCUUCCUUUUUGUAAAAUUGACCCUUUUUUUGUUAACUUUAGUCACUGCUAAUGUAACAAAACGCACUGUGAUGAUUCCAGUAUUAAUAAAAGUUGUACUUAAACUGUG